UGUUCACAGCAAUGGAAGGCGGCGCCUGGUGCGCUCGCGAUAUCUCGCUGCGCGCGCAAAAGAAGUUUCUGUCCCGCGUGGGCGGCGCUGCCAGCGCACGCGCACUCGUGCUCGAUGAGCAUGCCGCUAAACUGCUGGACCAGUUUUUGACGGUGCUCCGCGAGCGUCUGGAGAAGCGUGAAGCAGAGAAGUUGGUGAAGCACGUGAUCAAGUCGGCAGUGAAGCUGGGCGUGUUGCGCAGACACGGUCAGCUGUCGGCUGCUGACGAGCGCGCAUUGGCUGCGUUCCGGUCCAAGUUCCACACUGUACUGAUGGCGGUGGUGUCGUUCUGUGAGGUGGACUUCUCAUACGAUCGCGGCUUCCUCCAGGAUGCACUGCGCGAGUCACACCAGUCCCUCAAAGCCGUGGUAGAGCGACACCUGACUGACAAAUCAGUGUCUAGGCUCGCAGGAGUGUUCGCGAUCGCGUCUCGUGGCGAGCUGCUGGACGCCCUGUUCGCAGGCCAAGUGGACGAGGACGUGCUGAAGCUGUCCAGGAUGCUGCGCAAGGAACUGGACCGAGGCCUGCUAUAA